CAUUUCAUACAUCUAAGGUAAGGAACCAAAAAAAAAAAAAAAAUCUUCUCAAUCCAUACCACCUUCCAAAACAAUGGCAAUGAGCAACAAUGUCAUUGGCGCCAUCAACUUCGUCGCCAUGCUACUCUCGAUCCCGAUCAUUGGAGCCGGGAUCUGGCUAGCAACCGAAACAGACAACGCGUGUGUCCAAAUCCUACAAUGGCCCGUUAUAAUUUUAGGCAUUUUGAUAUUGGUUGUAGCCAUAGCCGGAUUCAUUGGGGGGUUCUGGCGAGUCACGUGGCUCCUUGUGUUGUAUCUCAUUGCUAUGCUUGUGCUCAUUAUUUUGCUCGCGUGUUUGGUUGUUUUUGUGUAUAUGGUGACCGCUAGGGGCUCGGGCCAUCCUGAGCCGAGUCGGUCUUACUUGGAAUAUCGGCUUGACGAUUAUUCCGGAUUUUUAAAACGAAGAGUUAGAAGCCAUUAUAAAUGGGAUAGAAUUAGAACUUGUUUAAGUUCUACUAGUGUUUGUGCUGAAUUGAACCAAACGUAUCGCAUGGCUCAAGAUUUCUUCAAUGCACAUCUUUCUCCACUACAGUCAGGAUGUUGUAAGCCCCCAACUCAGUGUGGUUAUACUUUCGUGAACCCAACAUACUGGAUUAGUCCGAUAAACAACGCUGCGGAUAUGGAUUGCCUUAACUGGAGCAAUGACCAGACGGCGGGGCUUUGUUACGCUUGCGAUUCAUGCAAGGCGGGGUUGCUAGAGAAUUUGGAAAAAGAAUGGAAGAGGGCAAACAUAGUUUUAACAAUAACCCUUGUGCUUUUAAUAUGUGUUUAUAUAGUCGGGUGUUGUGCUUUUAGGAACGCAAAAACCGAAGAUCUCUUUCGCAAAUAUAAACAAGGUUACACGUAACUUAUCGAUCAAGGCAAGAGGAAACUUGUUGAACAAGGUACGACGGAACGCCUUUCUUGUGGAUUAGGAUUAUAUGUGUUGCAUGAAGUAGACAAUGGUGAUGAGUGUGACUUAAUUAGUUCUACAAAUGAGGUUUGGAUUUAUUUGGGAUGAACUUAAUUAUUUUAAUGGAAUUUGUUUAGUGAUUUUAAGUUAAAAA